GUGGGAAGAAAGAUGGAGAACUCUCAGGUUGAGAGCGAAGACGAAGAUGAUAUAUACAAAGAAAACGACGAAACAACACCACUAGCGAGCAAAAUGUCAAAAGAUUGUUAUGGGAUUACCCCUUGGCUAUGCAUAACGACACUUGUGUGCGUUUGUGGAUCUUCUUACCAAUUUGGUUACAACAUCGCAGUUGUUAACGCCCCAGAAAAUGUAGUUAAAGAAUAUUUCUCAAGUCAAAAUACGACAAUGAGUGACUUUGUCUGGUCAACUGCGGUAUCAAUUACAGCUAUUGGUGGAUUGAUAGGAGCAAUGGUUGGGCCUGGUUUGGCUGAUAUGUUUGGGAGAAAGAACACCCUUCUUUGGAAUAACAUAAUUAUUAUUAUUGGUUGCAUAAUUGUGUUCUUAUGUCGUACGGCAACCUCAACCGCACUAUUGAUUAUUGGAAGAUUUAUUAUUGGAAUUAAUAAUGGCAUCAAUACUGUGGUUGUGCCAAUAUUUUUGUCAGAAAUUUCACCAACACAUCUCCGUGGGGCAAUUGGUACAUUGAACCAGUUUGGUAUUGUUUUUGGCAUGCUAAUUGCAUACAUACUGGGCCUUCAUCAGAUACUGGGAAAUUCAACAGGCUGGGCAUACUUACUGUCACUAAGUAUCAUACCAGCUGUAAUUCAGUUUGUCAUCCUUCCUUGUUGCCCUCGGAGUCCUCGUUACCUCUUAAUUAAAUUAAAUAAAGAAUCUCUUGCUAGACAAGAGUUGAGAAGACUUCAAGGGACAUAUAAUAUAGAGCAAUCUAUCAGUGAAAUGAAGCAAGAAAGAGAGAGUUCAGAAUCUAGAGAAGGGACACUGACAAUAUUACAGCUUCUCAAAUCCAAGUCAUUAAGAUAUCCUCUUUUCUUGAGCAUAUUGCUUCAAAUGUCACAACAGUUUAGUGGAAUUAACAGCGUUAUGUAUUAUUCCACAUCAACAUUUAGAAAAGCUAAUAUCUCUAAUCCUGACGAGGCAACCUGUGGAACAGGUGUUGUCUCCAUAGUUAUGGUUGCAAUAUCUGUGUUAAUAAUUGAUCGUGUGGGGCGACGGACAUUGAUGCUUACUGGUUUAGGAGGAAUGUUUCUAUCCUAUGGUGUAAUCACCAUUGGCUAUGCCUUAGAGGACGAGCAUGAUGACCUGAAAUAUGUCGCAGUUGUUUGUACGUUUGUGGUACUGUCCUUCUUCCAAAUUGGACCAGGAUCAAUACCAUGGCUAAUGACGGCAGAAUUAUUUUCACAAGGACCGAGACCUGCGGCUUCAAGCAUUGCUGGAUCAGUAAACUGGCUUUCAAACUUUAUUGUGGCUGUCACGUUUCCUUCGAUCCAGGACUUAUUAUAUCCAUACGUGUUCAUUGUGUAUAUGGUAUUCAUCGUGAUAUUAUGGAUUCUGAUAUACAUCUAUCUCCCUGAAACUAAAGGAAAAACAUUUCAAGAAAUAUCACAAGAACUUCGUCGAAAAUGCACACAAUUUAUUAAUAGCGAUGAUGAUUUGAACGAUAAUUAAAUAUAUCUAUUUGAUAGCAUACGUUUUUGAAAAUUAAUACAUUACGCAUUUAGAAACCUAUGUCACA